CAGAAAGGGGGCAGUCUUACAGACCGGAAAAAGAACAUGGUGGACAUCGCAGAGAGACAGGCGGUUACUGUAGGCGGAAAGAUAGCAAAAGCUUAAUCUCUGAACAAUAUGGCAAAAGCGGCCCAAGUGAAGAAAACUGCUGCCACGGUGCUGACCUAUGUGGAGAAGGUAUCCUCUUUCGCCUCAUCCAUCGACCCAAUCUUCGGCAUUGUCGCCUCCCUGGUGGGUGUGGCUCGCAAAGGGCUCGUGGACGAGGAGGGCCACGAGCUGGACAAGGACUUCCAGGCCAUCCAAAGCAAGCUAGAGAGCAUCUCCGAGAAGAAUCGGCAGUGCCUGAAACAGAUCCGAAUCGACGAGGUCAACGAGACCUUCGGCAAGUACGAAGAGUACAUCAAGCACCAGUACGCCGCCUUCAACACCAUGGUGGUGCAGGUGAAGAAGGACCCUGACAACAGGCAACAGUACAUGGAGAACUUUGAGCGGAUCUACGAGCGGGACAAAAUGGACACCGGCCUGGAUGUAUACUACCGCGGCGUGAUGGGUACAGGCUCGCUCUUUGGCAGGCCCUUGCUGAGGGUCUACCUGGAGAACUGUGACGCCAACCCAGAAAUCAUGGAACGCCACUGCUCGCAUGUAGCUCACCUCUUCCACAUGGGUCUCAUCGCCCUCAUGGGCUACACCGCCGUCACAGAGGACGACGAGGAGGAGGUGCGUGAGAAAUGGGCCUCCAGGGUGCUUGACAUUCAGCAGAAGAUGCAGGAGGUGCUUUACGCAUGCAGUGACGCGGAUCCUGACCCGCCAUCCGAUGACAAAAUACCUGGGAACAAAUCCUGAACAGGACAGUCCACACAGCUGUGGACCAAUGGAAACGCAGACCAAUCAUUAUAUCACACCAAAAGAACAUGUUUACCCUCAGAUUUGUGUGUCUUAGAAUUUACUGUAUUAAACAUGCAUGCUUUGUUUUGCUAUAAUCACUUCAAAUAA